AUGGGUGACAGUCCCGACAUCAAGCCCGAGCUGCAAGACAGCUGGGAAGGGGGCAAGGAUCAAAAGCCAAAUACCCCUUCUUCCCCCGUGGCCAUAGCCUCUCCCUCCUCCAAACGCGACGCGCCUCCGUCUCCUCUGUUCCCUCCAGCAUCCCCCAUCAUCGACGACGAAGAUCUCAAACCCCGCACCCACACUGCCCCGUCCACAGCACCUUCAUCGUCUAGAGGAGGAACCAGAGGAGGGAAAAAGAGCGCGACGCCAGAGGUCAAACCUGUUUUGAUCGACGACUUGCCCAGCGCGUGGGAUGAGGCGCAUGAGACAUUCUCGACGCUGGAGAAAUGCGUAUAUGAGAGGAAGGAUAUAGGGGUGACGAAGGAGAAUAAUGAAAUGAUGGUGUGCGAUUGUGCAUGGAGCAAGUACGACCCAGAUGCUGAACUCUGUGGAGCCGACUCGAAUUGUAUCAACCGUGCAUUGUUUAUAGAGUGUCUAGCAGGGGAGUGUAAGGCUGGGCGGCAUUGUCAGAACCAACAAUUCUCAAAGAAGGAGUAUGGCGAUGUGGAAGUCGUGCAGACUGAGAAAAAGGGCUUUGGUCUGAGAGCGGGAAAGGAUAUACCCAGCAACACUCUCAUCUACGAGUACAUUGGCGAAGUCGUCAAGGAAAACACUUUCAGAAGGAGGAUGCAGCAAUACGUAAAGGAGGGUAUACGGCACUUCUACUUUAUGAUGUUGCAAAAAGAAGAGUACAUUGACGCGACGAAGAAGGGCGGGAUUGGACGGUUCGCCAACCACUCUUGUAAUCCUAAUUGCGAAGUACAAAAAUGGGUGGUGGGGCGCCGGCUGCGGAUGGGUAUCUUUUCCAAGAGGGACGUCCUCAAGGGUGAAGAAAUCACUUUCAACUACAACGUUGAUCGCUAUGGACAUGACGCUCAGACAUGUUAUUGUGGUGAACCGAAUUGCGUGGGAACUAUUGGUGGAAAGACGCAGACUGAUAUCGGGACCAUGAACGACCUCUUCCUGGACGCACUUGGUAUCACCGACGAGGUCGAAGCCGACGGCAUGAAAGGCAGCAAGAAGAAGAAGGCUCGUCAACUGGACGACGUCGACUUUAACCCCGUUUUGAGACCUAUUGUGGAAGAUCAGGUGCAGAAGGUGGCAGCGGCGAUGCGUCAGAGUAUGGAGAACCCAAAGAUGAUGAAAAAGCUUCUACAUCGUAUCAAGAUUACUGAAGAUCCCGCCAUCCAUCGACAACUCAUGAGGAUGCACGGGUUCAGUAUGAUGUUUAUGGUUCUGACAGAGAUGGCAGAUGAUAAAGAAGCUGUCCUUCUGACACUCGAAAGCAUGGAUCAGUGGAAACUUCAAAUCCGCAACAAGAUUGAAGAUUCCCAGAUCGAAGAACCCGUCAAAGAACUCUCCGAGCGGCCCAACGAGAAGAUCAGUAGCCUUGCCCAAAAGCUUCUUGACUAUUGGUCUACUCUUGAAUUGUCAUACAAAAUCCCUAGAGUACCCAAGCUCGCCACUCUCGACGCAGACGACGAAGCCGGUACCCAGACCAUCGCCGAAGCCAACAUUCUCUCCGCCCUCGCUCCCCGCCGUCCAGACGCUUGGGAAAACACUGUCGAAAUCCAACUCGACAUUGCCCCCGUCCGUCCUCGCGCUCCCGUCCCCCGAUCAAAUCCUCCCCCACCACCUUCUGUACAGAAAAAUCCGGUGCUCCAAGGGGGCUUGAGCCAGGAUAGGUUGAAGUUGGAUGCGAUCAUCGCUAUGGCGGGACAGAGUGUCAGCCCGGUGCCGGUGGAGCAGGUGAGAGAGUCGGCGGGGGCUUCGCCGGCUGCUGGACCGAGCCGGAGUGCGAAUGGGGAUGAUGAAAGGCGAAAGAGGCAGAAACGGUCUCAUGAGACGGAAGAGGAGAAGCUGGAGAAGAGGGAGAGGCGGUAUAGGAAGAUGGUGGGGCAUGUGGUGGUUGAUUCGAUGACGAAAUAUCGGAGUCAAAUUGACCAUGAUACGUUCAAGAAGUAUGCUCAGGAGUGUACCGAUAUUUUGGUGAAGAAGGAGAAGAAGCGGGGCAAUCUCACGGAUCGCCAUCUUCGACCUUUUGCCGAUGACAAGAAACAGAAACUCAAAGCCUUCACCAAAGACUUUACGCACAAAGUCAUCCAACACUACAAAGCCAAAAACAAACGCCGUCCAUCAUCUUCCAGCCUCAAGUCCAACGGCCCCUCCAGUUCAGCCGCCGGCACCCCUUCGAAAGACUCCACCCCAGGCGGAAGCAGUCUUGGAGAAACGCCGUCAAAGGGCGGCGCGGAUAAUGGAUUGAUGGAUGAUAUCUUUGGGGCGGACGAAGAAGAUGUGGCGAUGGACUUGGAUGAUGAUGACGAUGGGACAGGGGCGGCGGCGGGGGCACCGUCUACUGUGGGGGCGUCGGCUACGCCUGCUUCGCCCAUGCGCCCGCCUACGCCGCCUUUACCGCUUCCUCCCAUCGUGCAGGUUGUUGAAGAUGCGCCGGACGGGGAGCCGUUCGAGGUGGGGCUGGAUCUGGGGGCUGCGAGCAAAACCAAUGGGAAGCAUGCGAGAGAGGAAUAA